UGUUGUGCUGAAUGCCUCGAGCAGACCGACCCUCUACACACAGUCAUCACGUACGACCCGCUCGUGUUUGACCAGUGCAGUGCAGCCACAGGCAUUUGCUGUUACGGCUGCUCCUUCACACACGGCACUCUGGAGUAUCAAGAUGGAGUAACCUUCGACAGCAAUGGGUCGGCCCAGGUCUCGGCUGGUCAGGCCUUCAGCUUCGGCAUUAACGGUGUAUCUCGUGUCACCUACGAUUUCAUGAAGACCAACCAGGUUCAAACGAGUUUCGUCACGAACACAAGCACCGAGGCGAGCUCCAGUGGGAAUGUGUUCACUGUUUGCGUUGAUGACCCUGGGACGGUCGUCUUACGUGGCUGGGGCGCAGAUUCGUGCACUCAAGUGACGGAGGAGUACAAGUUUACCGUCGUUGAAGGCAACGACACCGGAACGUGCGACUCCAGGGGGUCCAUCAUCUUGGUAGGCUCCGCCUCGUCAGCACACAAUGAACCGGUGGAUGCUACCGGUCGAGAUACCACGAGCUCGUUGUACUCGGACCACAACGACUUUGCGAACUGCAAUCCUACACGAGGCACGGUGGUGACGCAGGAGGAUGGAUCCAAGGUCUGCAAGUGUACGGGUGACUGGCGCAACCCACCAACUUGUGACGAGUUCUCGUACGUCAAAGUGAUCAUCACCAUUCUUGGAGCAGUGGCGACGGUGAUUUCGAUCUUGAUCUCCGUGCGGGCGUACAUCAAGAGCCGCAAGAGCAAGAAG